GUACAUUUCAACCAAAGACGUACAAACAAAAAACAAAAUUGGCUGCAUUGUAAAUAACCCUAUCAAGUUAUCUUAGGCAGUACCGGCAAUGAAUGCUCAGCCUGAUUGGCUGUCUUUAUCAACUGAAUAUAUACAACAAAUGUAUGGCGUUUACCAAAAAUUAUUGGAUUGUACUUAUGAUGUAACUGAAGCUGCGGUAAAGCAAGGAGUAAAGGAAGAUGACAUAACCAAUUGUAAGGUCCAGGGAUACAAUGCAUUCGAUACUGAUUCUGCACGCAAUAAAUACUUCCAGUGUUUAAAUAAUGCCAAAAAACUUAAUGAUUUCAAGCUUGCAACAGAGUGCUGUAAUCAGAAUAUUGCAGAAUUAAAAGACCGGGCCAAAGGAAUUCGUGCUCGAGUAAUGGCAUGCAUUUCAAAACUAAUUCAUGAGUUGCAGGGACCUUCAAGACGACUAAACAGCUAUAGUGUUUAACAGUAAUUGUAUUGACAGUUAUAGUUUUGUUCUGAACGCUAAAUGUUUAACUAGCCGACGAAAUUUGGUUAUUAAUAAAAUUUACACAAUUAGGGUAAAA